CGUGAGAGCAUCAGCGGUGACAGGAAGCGCCUCUCGUCUCUCGUAUUUUCAUGCUUGAUGUAGUAUUUGAGCAGCUGCUAAUGUUUUAAACGCAUCUUAGAAAACCCGUGAAGCCCAUUACGUUUAUUUUCUUUAAUUACCUGGGUUUUACACAGAGCUUAAAGUAGUUGUCGAGUUUGAAAGUUAUUAUUAAAAAAAAAAAAAAAAAAAAAAAAAAGUUGUACUUGUCGAGAGGAAAUCGAGCUGGAGAUGACUUCUGGAGGUUUGGGGCUUACUGAGAGCCUGGGGCAAGACAUAAGCCAGGAGGAGCUGGACUUUUCCGACCUGUUUCUGUAUAAUCCACCUGGAGAAGAUUUCCCUGUUGCCUGUGUCAAAGAUGAUCCAGGUGCUCUCGUUCAGAAUGGCAACCAGCCUCCUCUGCUGGUGGUCGACCAGACUGCGUAUGUACCCACCUCCAGCCAGAACCCCUCCUCCACCACAGAAAACCUGUCAAGGGCUGUGUUUGACUCCUUGGGGCUGGCAUCAAGACCAGGGAGCAUACCUGCUCCCAGCCCCAGGAUUGAGAUCACUCCCUCAGGCGACUCUCUCAGCUCGCAGACCUUAGAGCCGAGCCCUAGUUCCAAAGUCCUGGGAGCCUACAGGGAGUGUGUGAGCCCUGCCAGCAGCAACUCCUCCACAGGAUGGCCAGCAGAGUCAUACUCUCCUGUGGCAUCACCAUGUGUCUCCCCUUCCAAUGGAGGUGGCUGUAGCGUGGGGUUGUCUGCCUUAGACCUCUGUCCGGGCAUCCAGGGUUUCCACACUUCUUCUGCCCAUUCCUCUCCAGGAGCCUCACCUCGCAACAGUGUCACAGACGAGGCCUAUCUCCUGCCACAACACCAACGUACCGCUACACCACUUCCCCACCAGCGCUCCCGCUCUGUCUCGCCGCAUGGAAAGCGUGCCUAUGAUGAGGCCCACUCCUGUCAGGGGGGUACGCCUGUCAAGCAUCGCUCCCGCAGCCCCAGCCCCAUCCCCUCGCCACAUGAGCAGCAGGGGUCCCACUACCUCCACCAAUACCAGGCCCAAGCUGAGAUUCAUGCCCAAGUUCAGAACCCCUCCCUGGGUCUGGAGGAGGACUGGAGCCGAGGUUCCAGUCCAUCCAGAGCAGUGUCCUCCGUAGUGGUGCGAAGUGUGCAUGGGCAGGCCCAGAGACAGGACUGUGUGUAUGGAGAGCUAUAUGACUGGGCUACAGAGCAAGAGCAGAUCGGUGGGGCUGGAGCUGAGGUCAAGCCUGACAACUUAUAUAUGGUCCCAGCUGUGUGGCAUCCUCCUCAUGCAGUCCAUCACGGAGCAUUCAGUGGUCUCUCUGUGGCCCCACUUCCCUCUUUAGACUGGCCAUUGCCCAGUCAGUCCAGUCAGUAUGAACUGCAGAUCCAGCAACAGCCCAGAUCUCACCACAGAGCUCACUAUGAGACUGAGGGCAGCCGUGGAGCUGUAAAGACACCUAAAGGAGGGCAUCCGGAAGUUCAGCUCCUUGGGUAUCAAGGCGCAGCUCCACUGGGGCUACAGGUCUUCAUAGGGACAGCGGACGAGAGGCUCCUGAAACCCCACGCCUUCUACCAGGUCCACCGCAUUACCGGGAAGACCGUCACCACGCCCAGUAUGGAGAGGAUGAUCAAUGGGACCAAAGUGUUGGAGAUCCCUCUUGAGCCAAAGAACCACAUGAGAGUGGUGAUUGACUGUGUUGGGAUCCUGAAGCUGAGAAAUGCAGACAUUGAACUGAGGAACGGUGAGACAGACAUCGGACGAAAAAACACACGUGUGCGUCUGGUGUUUCGUGUCCACAUUCCUCAACUUGGAGGCCAGGUCAUAUCUCUUCAAGUUGCCUCUGAUCCUAUUGAAUGCUCCCAGCGCUCAGCGCAGGAGCUCCCUGCAGUCGAGAAGCAGGACCUGGACCGAUGCUCAGUACUCGGUGGUCAACAAAUGGUCCUCACUGGGCAAAAUUUCACACCUGACUCCAAGGUGAUAUUCUAUGAGAAGACACAAGAUGGGCAGCAGAUCUGGGAGGUUGAGGCCACUGUGGACAGAGACAAAACACAAGCUAACAUGCUGUUUGUUGAGGUCCCUACAUAUCGAGACCGGACCAUUUGCCACCCAGCCAAAGUCAACUUCUAUGUCAUCAACGGGAAGAAGAAACGCAGUCAGCCUCAGCACUUCAUCUACACUCCUGUGAUAGCCAUUAAAGCAGAGCCACUGGAUGACUAUCAGUUGAAUUCAUAUUGCUGCCCAGACAAUCAGCCACUGUCUGGCCUGUCAAUGAAGUCGCUCUACCAUCACCUGGAGCACGAUAACAAUCUUCAAGCCUUGAAUGUUUCUUCAACGCUGUACCAUCUAGCCACUGUAGACCCCAGAGCCUGUGUGCUAACACCUGAUCCACUGGAUGACCAAUCAGUCUAUUACCAGUCCAGAGCCAACACUCUGAUCAACAGUUCCAUGCUGUACCACAAUGCAAACCAGCGUUACAGCAGCUGUGGUACCACCCUCAUUGGUGGUUCCCCAAUGGCUUCCCUCCCUGCCUCCACUCCCACCCAGUGUGUCAGCGCCAGAACCCCUGUGGGCAAACUGAGCGAAGGUCCUCAGGUUGGUGAUUCAUUUGAGGCCUGUUUGAUGUCAAGACAUCAGAGUUUUGUGCAGACAACACUGCCACUGGGGAAGUCACCGCCUUCAAGAUAUGUUCAAGGUCAAGUUCAAGGGAAGGCCGGAUGCAGAGUAGAGCCAGGUAGAGGAAACCAUGUGGAACGGGCUGCAGAAAAGGUCACAGUCAAACAAGAGAACCUCAGCUCUGCCUACCUGGAGGACGGUGAGUAAAAAUAGUGGACGACAUCAUAAGAAGGGACCUGAAAGGCCACAAUGGAGAGUAAACCUGGAGGCCUGCAGCAGACCUGAUGUCCAUUACAUUCUAAGUUUAACAGUUAAAAUAAUCUGCAAAUUAGACUGGAUUGAUGGCAGACAUUUGAGGCAAACAAUAGAAAUUAAUCCAUAAGAGGCUUAUGUUGACUUUAUUUCAAGAUUACAUCAUGUUUCUGUGAAACUAGGAAGGGUGGUGGUUCAACAUUGUGCAUCAAAAAUGGGUCUGUCCUCUGUUCCUUUGUUAGCCUUCAACAUUGUCAUAUAGUUCAGCCUUGGCAAAGCUAUUAGAACAUGUGUCAUACCUUAUACUGUGUGCUUUUACUGUCUUUAUUUUAAUCUGUUUGACUUCUUUUUGUUCAUAUAUUUGUACAAUUGCUCAUUGUAAGCAUGUAUAAAAUAUUUUAUAAUAAAUAAAAUCUGUUUA